AUGGUGCAGGGGGUCCUCAGCAGAAGAAAAGAGAAAAGUAGCCAAAAAAGGGGGAGACAGAGCAUUACGCAGUACAAAAAAGGAAAAAGAUCCUGCACGUCAGAAGAGAAACACAAAAGACAGAUAAGAAACAGGAUAGAAGAGCACUUAAAGGAGAGAAGCAAGAGAAUAUAA